AUGAAAUUAACAAAAUUAACAGUCGAUUGUUAUUUAGAAAUUAUCAAAAACUUUGAAUAUGAUCAUCACACUUUAUAUAACUGUCUUUUAGUUAACCGCUUAUUUUGUCGCAUAACAGUGCCUUUAUUAUGGGCUGACCCUUUAUAUAAUAAACUCAACAUUUUAGCCGAAGAUAACUCAUCAUUUUCUUUAAUCCCUAGCUCAUGGUUCAAUUCAUCAGAAUUGAGAGAAUGCGAAUUUAAAUUUGUUGUUCCAAAUAGUCAAAACAUGAAUGUAUACAAUUAUAUUAACUUAAUUUCUAUAAGAAACAAAAGAAUUCAAAUUAUUCAUAUUAUUACUUAUAAUGAAGAUAUACUACCAAAUUGUCAAGAACCAUUUUUAAAUUUAAUUAGCACUCAAACUGAACUCAAAGAACUUGUACUAAAAUAUUUUAUAAUUACCACUUCUAGUUUUACACCUUUACUUCGACGUGAAAUGCUGCAAGCAAAAUCUCAAAGCCUUAGAAAACUAAUUUUGCAAGGAAUCAAAUUUGAUAAAGAUAAUCUUGCAAAUCUUAUGCCAAACUUGGAAGUUUUAUCAAUAAAACAUUCUUUUAAAAAUCCUUUUGGAGAACAUGAAAAUAAUUUACAAAAUCUUCAAAGGCUCGAAUUGAUAGAUAAUACUUUAGAAUUAAAUAGAAUUAUACUUAAGACAAAAUGCAAAUCACUAAAAUUUUUUAUAAUAAAUGAGAAGGAAUUAAGCAAUAAAGUGAAAGAGGAAAUUAUUUUUUUGCUUAGUCAAAAUCAUCCAAACAUAAUUACUUUAUGUUAUGUGACUAAUAAUCUUAUUUUUUGUCAACUACAAAUAGGAGAAUUUGCUUAUGAUGAUCUACCUUAUAGUAGACAAAAUUAUCUACAAGCUUUGAUCAAAUAUUUGCCUUGCUCUUUAAAAAUUCUUAGCUUACUUAAUAUUUAUGAUUAUAGUUACAAAAACUUAAAUUGUUUUUUUAAAGAGUUUGAUAUAGAAAAGGUGAAGUUAGAAGUUUUUAUAUUACCUUUUAAUGUUGAGCUUAAUUUACUUCCCAAUUUAAGAAAAUUUAUUGAAAAAGCUAAAUAUUUAAAAUAUAUAGAAAUAGUGAGAUCAAAGAAUUAUAACGUAGAAAAACAAAAAGACAACGAAAGAGAAAUAAUUGAUCUUUGUCAUGUUAGAAACAUCAAAUGCGUAUUAAAAUUUCAAUUAGAGACAUAUAAAGAUUAUUUUUGUACUUAUGAGAUAAAAUUUGAAUCCUACAUAGAAUAA